CACUUGGUGUGCGUUCCGUGUUGCGCAUGAAGCGCGUAGAGUGCACAGAAAGUCGUUCCGAGUUAGCUAUUGCGCGCUUCGAAAGCGCUUCGAGAGAGCUAUGAAUUCCCUAGAGUGUACUAACCGUACUGAAUUCUUAGCACUCCUCCCAGCGCAUUGACUGCUGCUCUUUCGACUUGAGACAGUGGAUGCGUUUGAUGCGUUCGUGCGAUCUAUGCGCUUCUUGCGUGAUUCGGAACGCACACUAUAUGUAUAUCGAAUCGGCACUGGAAUUGCUGUAAAGUGGUACGAUGGGUGAUAAAUUGCAAGAAUUUCCAGUUUUAUUAGAAAAUGAAGUCAUUAGUUUAUUUUUAAACAAAGCCGACAUUGAAAAAGCAUUAAAAGAUCAAAAAUUUUUAUUAAGUCUUAUUGAGAAGGAGCAGAGCUCCAAAGAAAAUGAUAAUCCAGAAGAUGAAAAUGUCGACAAAAACGAUACCGAGAAGAAGAUGUUUGUAUGGCCAGCCAAAGCUGUACUUUUACUACUAGAUAUGUACAGAGAAAGAGAAGAAGAUUUCUCUAAUGGUUUAAAGCGCAGCAAUAAAAUUUGGGCGGAAAUUGCUGCCCAGAUGAAAAAUUUUAACCCAGAGUAUGAAGUUACAUCAAACCAAUGUGCCACAAAAAUGUCUGGAUUAAAACGAACCUAUAAAAACAUUGUUGAUCAAAAUAAGAAGAGUGGCAAUCACAGAAGUUCGUGGGCAUUUUUCUCCUAGUAAUCUCCUAGUAAAUGAUAUGGAUGUGUUUGUAGCGUUUUCAACUGGUACGGAUUAAUCCGUUCCGGAUUUCAUCUCUCCAAUAGGAGAGCUUGUUUUAUUUAAAAUAAUAGUUUACAAAUCUAUUUAUUCUAUAGUUUUGAUCAGUUAUGAGUUUUAAGUUCUGUUUUUAAAUUUUAAAAAUUUGUUCUUAUGUUAUACUUAAUGAGCAUAUAGAUUCCAAAGAUGCAAGGAUAUUUUUUAAUGUAUUUCUUAAAGUAUUUUUUUAACGUAUUGAAGUAUUCUAAAGGUGGUUAAGAAAAAUAUUUAGAAUAAAGAAUAGUUUUAUAAGAUUAAAUGUGAUAAUAGCAAUAAUAAA